GUUUUACGUAUCCAGUAGUAUUGGCUACGCGGGUCGUUAUCGGAUUCCUCGACCAGCCACUCGGCCCCGGGCAUCUGUUCUCCCUUGGCGGUUUUCACCGCCGCCUGAUCUGCGAGUUCAUUGUGCGCAAUCCCUGAAUGUGCUUUGACCUUGAGGAGAUUAGUCCGGCGGCCGGCGUGGGAGCGGCGUUUCAGGAGCGCGAGGAUGUUAUCCAGCAGCGCUUUGUGUUUGCUGAAGGGCCCGGAGGCGACGGAGGCGGCGGCGCAGCGCGGCAACAUCGGCGUACUGCGAAUGCUGCUGGCCCGCCGGGAUGCCGCCGCCGCCGCCGCCGCCGCCGCAUACCUCUCUGCCGGCGGCGGCGCCGGCGGCGCCGGCGCAGCUGCCGCAGCGGCGGUGGGAGGCACAGUGAAUGAGGCGGCGGCGGCAGCAGCGGCGGCGGCGGAGGGCCGCAGGAAGGCAUCACUACGUUUUGGGUUGCGGGAUCACUGGGGCUACGGCGGGCCUGUGAGCGGCGUCAUCGCGGGGGGACACUUGGAGGUGCUCAAGCUGAUGCACGCCAACGGCUGCACCUUCGACGUCAAGAGCUCGGGUCACGCCGCCAUUCGGGCGGGGAACUUGGAAAUACUGCAGUGGCUCACCAACACGUUCGCCAACGCCCGCACCUUUGACCGACACUGUUACAUCAUACACAGGCACUCCCCCAUGGACCACCACGAUGCCCCAGCCAGCCAGCUGGACUUUGUGGGGGAGGGCCUGAUCGGGACCGCCGCCGCCGCGCCCCGAGCCGUCCAGGUCCUAAACUGGCUCCAGGCGCACGGCGUGGCGGACUCGCGCGUGUGGGGCAAGUACAGCCUGCAGGGUGCCGUACAGGGCGGCGGCUCGGUGGCGGGCGUGCUGUGGCUCACCCGCCGGGGGUGCCCCGACUGGGACCUGUCGGAGCUGGACGCAACCGAGAUGUACUGCGGCGCAGCACGCCACGGCGACAUCGGCAUGUUGCGCCUGCUGUGCCGCGUGCUGCGCCUGCCGUACGACCUCGUCCGCUGCAACUCCUGGGGAACACCGCUACAACCGUUGUUCGUACAGGCGGUCCAGAAGGGCGCGGAGCUGCGGUCGUUAAAGUGGUUGGCGGGUUGCGGCGCCGCGGAGGGCCGUUGGCAGGCGGCGGUUGACGCGGCGGUUGAGACGGCGCGCAGCUGGGCGGGAACCUGGGGGAAGGUGGCGGAAGGUGGCGCGGACACGAAUCACGGUUACCAGCGGCGGCCUUACGAAGGAUUACUAAGCGCCUGUCGGAAGGGUCUGGCGACGGCGGAGGCACUGCGCUGGCUGCUGGAGAGGGGGGAGCAGGCGGCAGCAGCGGCGGCGGCGGCGGCGGCGGCGGUGGCGGUGGCGGCGGCGGAGGCGGCGGUGGGCGCGAUGGGUGCCCGGUCUGAGCUGCCUGCAGCGACGGCAGUGGCGGCAGCGGCGGCGACGGUUGUGGCGGCGGCGGCUACGGCGGCUACGGCGGCUACGGCGGCUGCGAAUGAGGCUCCUGAGAACGGAGGCCGAAGCAGUCCUGUUGGCGGCGGCGGCAGCGGCGGCGUCGGCGGCGGCGUCGGCAGCGGCGGUGGAUGCAGCAGCCGGCGUGGGUGGCAGGUGGCGGUGCGUCGCAGCCUGUUUAGCAUGGGCAGCGGCGGCAGGGACGGCGGCAGCGGUGGUGGCGGUGGCGGCGGCUAUGGCGGCGGCGGCGCUGAGGGCGGGGGUAGCGUCGGUUUGCCCGCACCGGCUGAGGCCGCGCCGACUGCUGCUGGCGGCGGCGCCGUCACCACCGCCGCCAACAGCAACAAGAGAAGCGUCAACUGCGCUGCGAUGGGCACGGCAAUCGAGGGCACGGAAGGCACAGUGGCGGCGGCGGAAACAGCUGCGGCGGACGCGGCGGCUGUGGUGGGUUUAGGUUGGGUCAUUUGGGAGCUGCCGGAAGCGUAGGAGGACGUUGGGGAGGAGGGGGUGCCAGCAGGGGUCGGGAAAUGUCAGCCGCGGCCGCCGGCGAAGCCGCCGCCCGGCACAUCAGGCCGGGCAGGACAAGGCGGCAUGCAGUAGCAGCGAGCGGCAGCGGCGGCUGUAGCAGUAGCAGCAGCAAAGGGGCAACGAGCGGCGUCAGCAGUGACAGCAUGCAGCCAUGCCAGUAGCAUGCAGCAGUGGCGGGGGCAGCAGCGGCAGGGUUGGCAACGACCGAAGCGGUGGCGGUAGGGGGGUGGUGGGAUUGAGCGUGGCAGCCAGCCUAGCCAGGCUGCUGGGGAGAGGGCGAAAGAGCGAGGGGGGCGGCCGCGCGGGGCGGAGGACGCAGGGCAGGGGUAUCUUGUUUUUAGGCCAAUUAAUGUCUGGAGACAUUAAGAUAGGAGCCCUGACGCAGGGGUGGCGGCUGUGUCUCAGGUGCUGAAAGCGGUAGCGGCGGCAGCCGCCGCAGCCUGCGCUGUCCAGGUCAAUUGAACUAGACAUGCUCUUUCGCAGCAGCUCUGGUCUCAGAACUUUGAAGGCAAUGUGGAGCAGCGUGGAGCGACACGCACGAAUGGCACAGCGCGCGGCGGUUGGAUAGGAGUCGUGGGAGCUUUCCCCACAGCCCCCAAACAAAGCGUUCUUGAAGUAUCCUCGAACAAUAUUGCUAGUUUGAACCCACGACGCAUUUCAGCGAGGCUCUCGCGGAAGACAGGUAGGGUGGACACGUGCGCAUCAAGUAAGUCGAGCUCGCCGUUGCCCAGAGCAGCCCAAACGGCUCAGCACCCCUUGAUGAAUAGCCGAACUGAAAUCGACAUAGGAGCUAGAAGGAAUACUUGCGACAACAGCAGCGUGGGAUGGAGAGCUCUGUGCUGGGCUGCUGCGUACCUAGGCCUGACGUCUGUUGACCAGCCUACUUCGUGCGUGCUGUCAGUGUAAACAUUUGUGCUGUUAUAUAAUUGAUGGCCACAACACCGCUGUGGCUUUGCUAGACAGGCUGUGCGUGGCGCGGGUCCAAGUGCCGCCGGCGACUAACUUGAGGGACCGCGGGCUUCCCUGACUGACUUUGAGCCCGGGCACUACUCCCGCCCGCUUCGCAUGAUGUGGGUACUUAGGCCCCAAAGGGGGUCUGCAUCGCAAAGAGGACGCCAGCCGUCGUUUCUCGUGGGAUGUCUGCCUGGCUGCUGGCGAAGUCUACAGAGGGCAAGCUAAGCUCGUGGCCGAUGCAGUCUUGAUUGGUGGGCUGUUUGGCUCCGGCAUGGCCGUUGAGCUCCUGCCUUGCCGUUGAGCUCUGGCCCCUUGCCAGCGGCAGUUUGGCUCCUGUUGUGCAGUCCAACCGAGCUCAAGGCAAUCGAAGCAACAUGCUGCCGACUCGAUCGCUC